AAUAUGUGGGUGAUCGUAUUUAUAUAUAAACCAUUAUAACAAGAAAUUGUCUUUAGUUAUUCAGAAUUUAACACUUAGAAUAAAAAUGAAGAAUUGGCAAAUUAUAUCUGUUCUGUUUAUAAUAUCGUGUUUGAUAUUUAACGAAGCAAUUCAAAAUAAAAGUUCGGGUGACGAACAGACAUGCCAAUUUGAAGAAGGUAUGACGAGAAAAGCUGCAGAAAAUGGAAACUUAGAAUUGUUAAAAUAUGCACAUGAAAACAGAUGUCUGUGGGAUGAAAGCACAGCAGAAGCAGCUGCUUCUAGUGGUAAUUUGGAAUGCUUGAAAUAUGCUUUUGAAAAUGGCUGUAAAUGGGAUAAACGUACAACGACUGCGGCUGCCAAAAGAGGUGAUAUAAAAAUGUUAAAAUAUGCACAUGAAAAUGCAUGUCCAUGGAAUAAGAGUACAACAGAAGCAGCAGCUACUAGUGGAAAUUUCGAAUGCUUGAAAUAUGCUUUUGAAAAUGGCUGUAAUUGGGAUAAACGUACAACGACUGCGGCUGCCAAAAGAGGUGAUUUAAAAAUGUUAAAAUAUGCACAUGAGAAUGAAUGUCCGUGGAACGAGAGCACAACUGAAGCAGCUGCUUCUAGUGGUAAUUUAGAAUGCUUGAAAUAUGCUUUUGAAAAUGGAUGUCCGUGGGAUGAUAGAACAACUACUGCUGGUGCCAGUAGAGGUCAUUUAAAUAUUUUAAAAUAUGCAUAUGAGAAUGAAUGUCUAUGGAAUGAAUGCACAACAGAAGCAGCAGCUAUUAAUGGAAAUUUCGAAUGCUUAAAAUAUGCUUUUGAAAAUGGAUGUCCGUGGCAUGAGCGUACAACGACUGCGGCAGCCAAAAGAGGUGAUUUAAAAAUGUUAAAAUAUGCACAUGAGAAUGAAUGUCCGUGGAACGAGAGCACAACUGAAGCAGCUGCUUCUAGUGGUAAUUUAGAAUGCUUGAAAUAUGCUUUUGAAAAAAGCUGUAAAUGGGAUAAACGUACAACUACUACGGCUGCCAAAAGAGGGGAUUUAAUUAUAUUAAAAUUUGCACAUGAGAAUGAAUGUUCAUGGGACGAGAGCACAACAGAAGCAGCUGCUUCAAGUGGUAAUUUAGAAUGCUUGAAAUAUGCUUUUGAAAAAGGCUGUAAAUGGGAUAAGCGUACAACGACUGCGGCUGCCAAAAGAGGUGAUUUAAAAAUGUUAAAAUAUGCACAUGAGAAUGAAUGUCCGUGGAACGAGAGCACAACUGAAGCAACUGCUUCUAGUGGUAAUUUAGAAUGCUUGAAAUAUGCUUUUGAAAAUGGAUGUCCGUGGGAUGAAAGUACAACAACUGCGGCAGCCAAAAUAGGUGAUUUAAAAAUGUUAAAAUAUGCACAUGAAAAUGAAUGUCCGUGGGAUGAGAGCACAGCAGAAGCAGCUGCUUCAAGUGGUAAUUUAGAAUGCUUGAAAUAUGCUUUUGAAAAAGGCUGUAAAUGGGAUAAACGUAUAACUACUACGGCUGCCAAAAGAGGUGAUUUAAAAAUGUUAAAAUAUGCACAUGAGAAUAAAUGUCCUUGGGAUGAAAGUACAACAAGAGUAGCUGCUUCAAGUGGUAAAUUCGAAUGCUUGAAAUAUGCUAUUGAAAAUGGAUGUCAGUGGCAUGAGCGUACAACGACUGCGGCAGCCCAAAGAGGUGAUUUAAAAAUGUUAAAAUAUGCACAUGAAAAUGAAUGUCCGUGGGACGAGAGCACAACAGAAGCAGCUGCUUCAAGUGGUAAUUUAGAAUGCUUGACAUAUGCUUUUGAAAAAGGCUGUAAAUGGGAUAAACGUACAACGACUGCGGCUGCCAUAACAGGUGAUUUAAGAAUGUUAAAAUAUGCACAUGAAAAUAAAUGUCCAUGGAAUACAUGUACGACAAAAGCCGCGGCAUAUAAUGGUAAUUUAGAAUGCUUAAUAUAUGCUAUUGAAAAUGGCUGUCAUUUUAAUGAAAUUGAUGUUGUGACAUAUGCUAUACAUAGUGGUAAUACAAAAAUAUUAAAAUAUGUUCACAUAAAUGGAUUUGAUUUGAAUGAAGAUAUAACUAAUUUUGUAGUCUCUUUAAGUCAUCGUGGCAUUAUAAAAUAUGUCCUUGAAAAUGGAUAUGCAUGUGAUAUAGAUACAACUUAUACAGCUGCAAUAAAUGGUAAUCUUCAAUAUUUAAAAUAUUUACAUGAAAAUAAAUGUCCGUGGGAUGAAAGCAUAACAGAAGCAGCUGCAUCAAGUGGUAAAUUAGAAUGCUUAAAAUAUGCUUUUGAAAAUGGAUGUCCGUGGGAUGAAGGUACAACAGAAGCAGCUGCUUCUAAUGGUAAAUUAGAAUGCUUAAAAUAUGCUUUUGAAAAAGGAUGUCCGUGGGAUGAAAGUACAACGACUGCGGCUGCCAAAAGAGGUGAUUUAAAUAUUUUAAAAUAUGCACAUGAGAAUAAAUGUCCAUGGGAUGAAAGAACAACAGAAGAAGCUGCUUCUAGUGGUAAUUUAGAGUGCUUAAAAUAUGCUUUUGAAAAUGGUUGCAAAUGGGAUGUGCGUACAACAACUGUGGCUGCCAAAAGAGGUUAUUUAAGUAUUUUAAAAUAUGCACAUGAGAAUGAAUGUCCAUGGGAUGAAAGCACAACAGAAGCAGCUGCUUCUAGUGGUAAAAUAGAAUGCUUAAAAUAUGCUUAUGAAAAUGGAUGUCCGUGGGAUGAAGGUACAACAGAAGCAGCUGCUUCUAAUGGUAAAUUAGAAUGCUUAAAAUAUGCUUUUGAAAAAGGAUGUCCGUGGGAUGAAAGUACAACAACUGCGGCUGCCAAAAGAGGUGAUUUAAAUAUUUUAAAAUAUGCACAUGAGAAUAAAUGUCCAUGGGAUGAAAGAACAACAGAAGAAGCUGCUUCUAGUGGUAAUUUAGAGUGCUUAAAAUAUGCUUUUGAAAAUGGUUGCAAAUGGGAUGUGCGUACAACAACUGUGGCUGCCAAAAGAGGUUAUUUAAGUAUUUUAAAAUAUGCACAUGAGAAUGAAUGUCCAUGGGAUGAAAGCACAACAGAAGCAGCUGCUUCUAGUGGUAAAAUAGAAUGCUUAAAAUAUGCUUAUGAAAAUGGAUGUCCGUGGGAUGAAGGCACAACAGAAGCAGCUGCUUCUAAUGGUAAAUUAGAAUGCUUAAAAUAUGCUUUUGAAAAAGGAUGUCCGUGGGAUAAAAGUACAACGACUGCGGCUGCUAAAAGAGAUGAUUUCAGAAUGUUAAAAUAUGCACAUGAAAAUAAAUGUCCGUGGGAUGAGAGCACAACAGAAGCAGCUGCUUCUAGUGGUAAUUUAGAAUGCUUAAAAUAUGCUUAUGAAAAUGGCUGUAAAUGGGAUCAAAAUAUCAUGAGAAGUGCAAUUCUAAAGGGUUAUCUAGUCAUAAUAAAAUAUCUUUACGAAAAUGGAUGUUUGUGGUGUGAAGGAACUCUGUGUGAAGCAGCUGCAAAAGGUAAUUUGGAAUAUUUAAAAUAUGCACAUCAAAAUGGUUGCAAAUGGGAUGAAGGCACAACUCGAGCUGCUGCAACAAGUGGUUGUUUCGACUGUUUGAAGUACGCCUACGAAAAUGGAUGUAUGUGGGAUGAAGGGACAACUCGAGCUGCUGCUGCAAGUGGCUGUUUAGAGUGCUUGGUAUAUGCCCAUGAUAAUGAAUGUAUUUGGGAUAAAGAUACAAUAGUUGCAGCAGCUGUGCAUGGUAAGUUAGAUUGUUUAGAAUAUGCCCGUAAACAUGGAUGUGACUGGGUUGAAGGUAUGAUGAGAGGGGCUGCAUCAAAUGGACAUUUAAAUUGCCUUAAAUUUGCUUAUGAAAAUGGGUGUCCCUGGGAGGAAGGCACAACAAGGGAAGCUGCUGCGAGUAGUUACAUUAAAUGUUUAAUAUUUGCACAUGAAAAUGGAUAUAAAUGGGAUGAAGGAACUAUGAGUGGAGCGGCGGCAAAUGGCAAUUUAGACUGCCUAAAAUAUGUUCAUGAAAAUGGUUGUGAGUGGGACGAAAGCACAACAAGACUUGCUGCUGCAAAUGGUCAACUUGAUUGCAUAAAAUAUGCACAUGAAAAUAAUUGUCCAUGGAGUAGUGGUACCAUUUCUGCAGCUACUCGAAAUGGUCAUCGUAAAAUAAUUAAAUAUGUUACUAAAAACGGCUGUCCUAAUUAAUAUUCUGAUAAAAUAUUGUAAUUUUUAUUAUAUUAAUCUAUGUCAAUUAUAUUAUUUAAAAUAAAUUAUUAGGAACCAAUAUUCAAUAUAUACAUUGCCUGAAAGAAACUAAAAAAAAAUUCUCAAUAUUACAUUUUUUUUUUAUCAUUAAAAUUAUCUGUGAUAAAUGAAUCACUCGGUAUAUUGAGUUAAAUAUAAUAUAUGUAGAUAUACGCUUCGUAUAAGGCAGUAACUCACUUUUUCUAACUUUGCAUUGAUCAAAAAUAAAAUUUAUCUCUGAUUACACCUUAUAUGCUUAUCAAUAUUCUAAAUAGUUUGAUUCCGACUCGAACCAAAUUUUCGAUAUUUUGAUUUAAGUAAUUAUAAGAAGAUUAACCCUUAAAUCUAAAUAUCUCACAAUUUCAAAGUUGAAAUUUUGAUCUACUAUAGUGUUGCGCAUGACGAUAUAU